AUGAGCAGCAGCAGCAUCAUGGAGCCAUGGCUGAUGCUAGCAGCACCGAAAUCCAAAUCCUGGGAUGAUGAUCAUAAGUUGUACAGCCUUGGAGAGAAGAAAGUGAUUAGCAUUAAAUCCUGGGAAGCGCCGGCGUGGGCAGAGGGGGAGCGUGUAAUACACUUGGGAUGUACCCGCGGCUGGAUGGCAUCAUUCAAUAAAGAUAACCAACAGAUUUUCCUCUCCAAUCCCAUCACCCGUCGCCACAUAAAGCUUCCCGCCUUGCCCAUAUCAACUUCACCCAGCAUUCAUAAUAUUAUCCUUACCUCCUCAUCUCCCGAUGCCCACGACUGCCGCGCCAUCAUCACCUACAACAGACGCAUUGCGCUCUGCUUCCCCGGCCACAACAGCAGCAGCACCUGGCUUCCCGUGUGCAACCACCUCCAAUACGUGGAUAUCGCCUACUCCACCCGCCAGAAACGCCUCUUCUGCUUAAACUUUGACUCGCUCGAGUGCUGGGACCUCCAAUCUCCCUCCUUUCUGUGGAAUAAUCCCUUGUAUGGUGAUGAUGAGGAUGAGAAGGCGGCUGUCCACAAUGGAUUCUGUAUCCUCGACCAUCUGGUGAUGGAUGACCAUUCCGACCGCCUAUUUCUAGUGCAACGUCAUGCCUUGGAAGGUGUCGGGCGCGACGGAUCCUGCAUGAGAGUCGCCUCGACUGGCAUUAACCGCUACCCACACAAAACCCUUAGUUUCGACGUCUAUGAAGUCGAUGCCAAGAAAGGGACACUCUCGAAAAUGGAGGGUUCAUUGGAUGGUUUGGCAAUGUUUGUCGGAUGCAACAGCUCAUUUGCGCUUCCCGCGGCGGACUUCAACUUGACACCCGAUUCAAUAUAUUUCGUCGAUUAUGUGACAGGAGACGAAUGCCAUGAUAUUGGCAUCUUUAAUUAUGUGGAUACUAAACUAUCUUCCAUCUACUAUCCCUCUCAUCCCUCUCAGACAUCCAGGGGGCUUGCACCAAUCUUUUGGUUCACUCCAACUCCACAUUAG